AUGUGCUGGGAGGAUCAGUACUGGGCUCUCACGUCCUCUGGGCAGAGCAUCCCCUUGUCCCCGACCCAGGCACCCUGCAGGAUCCGGGUGUAUCUGGACUAUGAACGGGGGCGGGUGGAGUUUUUCGAUGCUGAUCGAUUUCCCAGCCUCUGCCUUCAACUGACGUUCACGAGCCCACCGGCUGCCGAGUGCAGCCCCAAGUACGAGUUCCACAGCUUGGGCAAAGAGGACCAGUGCAAGCUGAAGGAGGUGAUGCAGAAGGAAUCGCUGUACUGGCUGACGGACACGGACCGGAAGAGACUGUGGGAGAAGCGCUAUUACUGCCACGAGCAGCCUGGAUCGCUGCCUCUGCUGCUCACCAGUGCCCCCAGCUGGGAGUGGGCCUGCCUGCCUGAUAUCUACGCCCUGCUGAAGCAAUGGACUUACAUGAACCACCAGGAUGCCCUCGGGCUCUUGCAUGCAACGUUCCCGGAUCAGGAGGUGCGGAGGACAGCCAUACACUGGAUCGACUCCAUGUCAGAUGCAGAGCUGCUGGAUUACCUGCCGCAGCUGGUGCAGGCCCUGAAGUAUGAGUGCUACCUGGAUAGCCCCUUGGUACGGUUCCUUAUGAAGCGAGCCAUCUGUGACCUGAGAAUCACCCCACUACUUCUUCUGCCUGUGAGGUACAAGCCUCAGCUCCCCGCCCUGGAGUUCCUGAACCGGGGACAGUAG